AUGCCGUCCCGAUCUCCGCUCGCCGCCGCCUCCUGCGUGAGCGCGACGCCCUCCCCGCUGGCCAUCGACGAGCUCGACGGCCCGGCCCGCCGCCUGCUCAAGGCGCGCCACCACGACAUGGACAAGCUGCAGAUCGAGACCGACACGCUCACGGCCAUGCUGCACUCCGAAGCCAUCAAGUUCACGGUCUACAAGCUGCAGAUCCGCAGCACCGCGCGCUUCGUCGACGCCGGCGAGUGGAUGCUCAUCAAGCGCUACUCCGAGUUCUUCUACUUCCGCCAGACGCUGCUGAAGGUCCUCCAGAGGUGGGACCUCCACUUCAGCGACGAUGCUAAGAGGGUGCAGUGCAAGGAGUUCGCGCUCGCGACGGCGCUGCUACUGCCGGCGAUGGAGAUCCCCACGUUCCCGCGCAAGCACAUGCGCUGUGACACCGCCGCCAUUGUCAGCGAGCGUCGCACCAAGCUGCAGAGCUUCGUGCGCAAGAUGCUAGACGCGUACACGGACAUCUCCGUGUUCCUGCACGAUACCCAGUCGAGGAGCACACGGGCGUUCACGAACCUCAGUGAGAUCCUUCAACUGCUUGAGGAGUUCCUGGACAUCCCUCAGCAGCAGAAGGAGAUCAACCGCCGCCAAACGGCUGCUGUGCUGGCGCUGGAGGACGUUGAAGUCGAACCCAGCUCUACGUCGGACUGCAAGGACCGCACGUGCUGCAUCUGUUUGAAUGACUACGACUCGGAGGAUGAAGAAGCGGAAGUUGUCGAUGACCGGAUGGUGCAGCUGCCGUGUUCGCACCAGUUCCACGAGGACUGCGUUAUUGACUGGUUUAACACAAGCACUACGUGUCCACUCUGCAGGAAGCCGGCAUACACCGACAAGCAGUGGUCUUUCGAUGUCUCAAUCCAUUAA